UUUCAACAUCGAUAUCUAUCCUCCAUCACUGUGAAUAAAUUCCGCCCACACUCCUUACACGUUUUUUACACGAUCUUUGCAAUCACUAUCUGGACUCAUGUCUCAUUACUACUCCUUUCCGUAAUAAUCCAGGACGGUUCCACUGGCGAAAUCACGACCACGUUCCAACAAAGGACGAAACAGUCUCUCUAAGACCAUAUCAAUGGCCGGUAUUGUGAGUCUUGUCUGUGAAACCAGUUGGCAAAACGGCGCCGCCCGCAGAGCGCUCCGGCUUGCAUUUUUGACCCAGGCCGGAUGAGGUGUUGACCUACAAAGUUCUCGCUUUGAGCAGCUUGUCUCGUACCUGAGACAAGUUAUCCUAUUUCUUGGGCUGUUUUCCUUGCCUCUUGAUGUCGCUAGCAUAUCAUAGGCGGUAAGGGAUGGACCCCUUUAGGUAUAGGAAGGCAUACGAGGCCAUGAUACAUGCCAGCCAGCUCAUGGAAACUCGCCUGAAUCACAGCGUUGGCGACGGCUCUGGGAACUCCGCAAACGAUGACAUUGCGUUCAAACCACCGGCCGGAGAUGACGAUGAUGUUAUGGAAUGGACUCCUACCGGCGCAAUAACCCCGCCUGCUGCAUGUGGUCCGCCACCCUCGGCUUCGAAGAAUAUCCGCCGUCUUCUGCCAGAUGCGGGUGACGGGGAGUACCGGGUUGAAGACAAGGGCGACAAUUCCGUGCUACUGCACAAGCUGCAGGAGGCAACUAUUAUGGAUGAGUGUAUCGACAAGCUUGUCCGUGAUUUCCCUGAGGUUGUGAGCUACGACGACUCAUCCGCUUUCACGCCUUCCACCAUCGAGGUACCAAAGGAUUUUGGAUUGCAGUUAAGCAUCUCUAUCAAUCAUCAUCUGGCGCAGGUUGCGGACAGGAAGCUUUUGGAAAAGUAUAGGCGUUUGCUCGGUCAUCGCAAGGAUCCAAACAAACGGAAAUCCUUCAGGCUUGGAUUCGACCCAAUCGACCUGAUCAAGAAGAAGGCGGUCACAUUUCCAGAGAACGCUCCGACGCAAGUAUCCACGCUUACCAAUGACAUUCACCCCAUAUUCCGCAUUGAAAACUUCCACGGGUGCUCGGACGCAGUCUACGAGGUCCUCAAGCCAGCCCUACGCCUCAGCACGUUAUUUCUCUUCUCUCGGGCGACAUCCGGAUUCUGGCAUACACUGGUGUUUGGCGAAAGAAAACCAUGCCCGACAACCUCGGAGCAAUACGGGCAAGCGUGUUCUCGAAUCAGCGACGAUGUCCCUUGGAACCCGGAACAUGCAGCCGCUUUCAGGGCUCUCGUGGACGAACAGGUGGACAGCGUGCAUUUCAUAUUUCACAGGAACCCGUUACCUCCGGAUCCGGCGUACGCGUCGAUGGGCUUGGUCGCCGACUACAAGAACGGGCUGAUGCGGAGACUGGACCGCAGGUGGCAUAGGAGUCGGAUCUGCCUACAUUCCGACUUCUACACCACUGCAAAGAAGUUGAGUCUUCUGCAAUAUCCCGACCCGGCCAUGGUUCUGCGCUUCAACUUGUUCCUGGCAGUUUGUAUCGCACAUGAGAUGGCGCAUUUCAUUGAGGUUGCUGGGCCGCACCACGAGCGUCCUUUGGGCCAACCUGAGGUGUUCUUCAACAAUAACACUUGGACUGAGUCUGGAAUUGUCUUUGAGUUGAAAACCUUCGGCGGCCGAUUGCAUCCUAUAUCGUCAAGAGUGGACUGUGGACUUGGACUAGCCGCCCUGAGCUAUCCCCUCAAGGAGCUGUAUGACAAAGAAGACAAUGUGCUAUACACCCUCCCGAUGGACUAUAUCAUCAAGAUGCAACAGAAAGAGACUUGGGAACAAGAUUUCACUGAUACCAGCUCGAGUGUCUUCCAUGUACCACGGACGGGCGGCAAGUCUAUUGAGAUCAACGGCACCAACUUGCUGGUCUGGGAGGACGAGAAGGAUGCCGACAUAUCGGACCAUAUUGACGGUAAAGACACAGUCUUUCAUCGUAUGGACGAUGGUCAGAUUGUCAAGAAUCAUCAGUCUGCAAAUCGAAAACCCGUUCGACACUUUGAAACCCGGCGAUUCAAUCCAUAUGCCCGGCAGAAGAAGACUGACGUUGAGGGUGUAGUGUCGCUUGCCGCGAAUGAGGAGGUAGAGGACGUGGCUACGAAGUCUAACGAGGAGGAGCAGACAUCAGACCUGAAGGGAGGGAGUAGUGAGAGUAUCCCGGAUGGGGACGAGGACAUGUUGUGAUAUCAUUUUGAAGCGUUAUCGGAGUCUGUGAACUGGCUUUGUCCAUAUCCGGUGGUCGCAGCAUAGUCGGGCGUGGCGUUGGGGAUGAUGGAACGUUUUGGAUUUGAGUUUUCCUAAGGUGUUUUAGUUCCCCUAAGGUGUUUAUUCAAGAAGGUAAUCUCUUAAUUCAUCCUUUGGUCGAUGGAGGAGCACCUGGAAUAACAAGGUUUCUCGAUCUCGAAGUGAAGCCUGGGCUUUGCCAUCAGGUAGCAUAUCAUACGAGGCUCCUUGAAUUCAUACAAGCUGAAGCAAUACUCAAG